UGUUGCAUUUAUGUCGUGGUUAUUUUAGUCUUUUUGUCUUGGACUCUUCCCCAGUCAAAAUCGAGAAUUAUGUUGCUGCUCUUAAAACAGGCACUCAUCCCACCGACCCUGUAGGUGGCAGCAUUCUCUCCUAGGUCUGGUUCACUGGAUGCUCUCUGUCUGAUGCCUUGGCAACAAGAAAGCGCAGCACAAAAUCAACAUCCGCUCCCUGAGUGUGUGUUUGUGUGUGUGUGAGAGAGAGUGUGUGUGUUUCGCCUCCUCUGCUCUUCUUUUCUCCAGCUGCAUCGGAGUCUUAAUCAAACUUCAUGUUGUUAUCGUUUUCCCUCUAAAAUGGACAGUCCACAUGCGGCAGACGUCAGAUAUUUGAAAAGGAAGGUGAAGGGCUGCACUCUGGACGUUCACCCCACUGAAACGGCCCUGGUGGUUCAUUAUGAGGUGGAGGCCAUGAUCCUGGGAGAACUGGGAGAGCCUAUGGUUGGAGAACGCAAGGAGUGUCAGAAAAUCAUUCGUCUGAAAAGCCUGACCUCCAGCACAGACACCUUCUCUUUGGCUCAGAAGGUGGUGGAGGAGUGUCGACUCAUUCACCCGUCCAAACUGGGCGAGGUGGAGCAGCUGAUCUUCUAUUUACAAAACCGCAAACAGACAAAUGAUUUAGAUGAACAGGAGAACAAGCUUUCAUCACCUGGAAGCCUGACAGCGUACACAGGACUGCAGCUGGAUGAGGAGGCGAACAUCAACAGUGUGGACGAGUACGUGGAGCGACUGUAUGAGGACGUGCCUGAGAAGAUCAGAGGAGCCACGCUGCUCCUCCAGCUGGCCCGUAAUCCAGACAAUCUGGAGGAGAUCAUCCUGAACGAGACGGUGCUCGGGGCCUUGGCCCGGGUCCUGAGGGAGGACUGGAAGCAGAGCGUGGACCUGGCCACGACCAUCAUCCAUGUCUUCUUCUGCCUCUCCAGUUUCUCCCAGUUCCAUGGGCUGGUCACCCACUUCAAGAUCGGAGCUUUGUGUAUGAACAUCGUUGAGUUUGAACUGAAGAAGUAUGACCUGUGGAGGGAGGAGCUGCAGAAGAAGAAGAAGGCUCAUGAAGAAUUUCCUGACAACCAGAACCUGAAGAAGGAGCAGCAAAAGUGCGUCAGAAAGUACCAGUGCCUGGUCACCAAGCAGGAGCAGCUUCUCCGAGUGGCUCUGUGUCUGCUGCUGAAACUGGCUGAAGACACGCGCACCGAGCUGAAGAUGAGGAACAAAAACAUCGUCCACACGCUGGUGAAGGUCCUGGAGCGGGACGACCAGGAGCUGCUGCUGGUGGCCGUCUCCUUCCUCAAGAAGCUCUCCAUCUUCCUGGAGAACAAGAACGACAUGGCUGAGACGUCGGCCGUGGAGAAGUUGUCUCUCCUGGUUCCCUGCGAGCACACGGAGCUGCUGAGCACCACCCUUCGCCUCCUGCUCAACCUCUCCUUCGACACCACGCUGCGGAGCCACAUGGUCCAGGCCGGACUCAUUCCAAAACUCUCGGCACUACUCGCUGACGAGGCCCAGAGACAGAUCAGCAUGUGCCUCCUGUACCACGUCAGCAUUGACCACAGAUUCAAGUCCAUGUUUGCAGACACAGACUGCAUACCGCAGCUCAUGAAGAUGGUGUACGAGUGUGGGAAGGAGAAAAUGGACAUGGAGCUGGUCUCACUCUGCAUCAACCUGGCCGCCAACAAAACAAACGCUCAGCUGAUGUGUGAAGGCAACGGUUUGAAGGUUCUGAUGAAGCGUGCGGUGAAGCUGGAGGACGUUCUGGUGAUGAAGACGAUCAGGAACAUUUCCCAACACAGUGGACCCACAAAGACUCUCUUUCUGGAUCACGUUGGGGACCUAGCAGCUCAGAUUAGCGAGGACAAGCCUGAGGAGUUUGUGAUCGAGUGUCUGGGCACGUUGGCCAAUCUGACCAUCCCAGACCUGGACUGGGCUCUGGUCAUGGAGGAGUACAACCUGAUGCCCUUUUUGAAAAACAGACUCAAACCAGGUUCUGCCGAGGACGACCUGAUGCUGGAGGUGGUGAUCAUGAUCGGAACGGUUUCCACAGACGAUUCCUGCGCUGCCAUGUUGGCCCGCUCUGGAGUCAUUACUGCUCUCAUCGAGCUGCUCAACGCCCAGCAGGAGGACGAUGAGUUUGUCUGUCAGAUUGUCUUUGUCUUCUACCAGAUGGUCUUCCACAAAGCUACAAGAGACGUCCUCAUCAAGGAGACACAGGCCCCUGCCUAUCUCAUUGACCUGAUGCACGAUAACAACCCAGAGAUCUGCAGAGUGGUUGUCAACACACUGGACAUCAUCGCAGAGCACGAUGAAGAGUGGGGCAAAAAGAUCCAGACGGAGAAGUUCCGCUGGUACAACAGUCAGUGGCUGGAGAUGGUGAACGGUCAGAUGGACAUGGCUGAAGACACCUUCCUGUACGGAGAGGAUGGAGAACCCAUGGUUGGAGAUGGGUCUGGUCUACAGUAUGGAAUCAUGGAGGCAGAUGGAAGCGUCACUCCUGACUUUUACCUGGACUUCCAGCAUGGAGACCUGCUGCAGACAGGAUACCUCAGCAGUCUGGCAGACCAGUUUGUCUCUCCAGCUCAGUUCCCAGUGGAUCGGCCCGUCAGUGCCUACGGUUUCCAUCCGGAGGAGUUUUUCAGUUCCUACGCCACGGCCUCUCGGUAAAACUGUUUACACGUCCACAAACAAACAAACAGUUUCUGUCUUUAGAACAAACUUUUACAACACUGUGAAAGUGACAUUUUGAGUUUAGGUGGAGAGGUGGAGCCGAGCUCUCCGCCCACACAUGUAGACUGUGGUGUUUUGUAUUAGGUUUGAACCCGUCUGUGUUGUUUUACAUCAGUACGAAGCCGUUCAAAAUUACACACGACAUUAGUUAAUUUUUUCUGACUUUGUUGGAGCGUGUUCUGCAGGAACGUCUCUGUUUAAGGACUAGAAUUGAGACGUCAUCAUGACGUUCACACCUACAGUGAGCUGCAACACACGGGAUAGUCAUGACAACAGAGGGCGCUGUGUUUACUACAACUACAUUUCGUGUUCACGUUGCUGUUAAACUGUGAACUGUUUAAUGAGGAACUUUAUGUAGACGAGGCUGGAGGACGUUUUUAUUAGAGAAUAGACUGAUCUGAAGUCAGUCUUGUCCUCCAGGGACAGACGUUUCCCAGCCUGGACACAGACUGGGACACAGACUGGGACACAGUCUGUCCAGGUGUUGUCCUGCGUAUUGACAACACCGUCUCUGUUCACCAGCCUCUGCACUGGGAAGUUAUUCAUCUUUAUUUAUGUCAGUGUAAUUGAAGACGAAAUACAGCCUUUAUUGAGUUAGGAUGAAAAAUGUCCUCUUCUUUUUAACCACCAACAAAUGUGGAAGUAUCCCCUACUGUUAUUAUUUCUGCUCUUUAUCUUGUCCUCUGUGGCCGGAGCAUGGUCGUCCUGCUGGAUUCAAACCUCUUCUCUGUGUUGUGUUUGAGUCUGUGAUGUGUCACAGAUGGCGCUCUUCUGACAGGCUUUUUUAUUUUCUCCUGUGUCAGUGCGACUGUGUCUGAUUAAAACAUGUCGUGGACCAUGAAUAAAUAAUCAAACCA